UGUAUUCAUGCUCCUUGAUGAUAAUACGUAUAAAUGUAUUUCAUUACUAAUAACGCAAGAUCUCAACAGAUCAUCGAAAUGAUCAAGUAAGCAUGGAUGUAAUAAAUCCAAUUAGUAGCCAAUUACUGCCGCUAACGCGAUAUCUCUCUGGGUGUUCCAGGAUCUGGCAAUGAUUAAUGCGACGAAGAGGUGAUGUGGCGAAAUUUUGGUUGGACGGCCAUCCUGGCCACAUGGACGAUCUUGCUGAUCUUGAAUAGCGGCUUGGCUGGUGAACGGGCUUCCAAUAAUCCGCGGGUCAACAAUGAACACACUUCCCGUGAAGCUGAUCGAGGCGCAAAAUUUCACGCUCCCGAUAGAUGGAUCACCGAUGAUUUUACGUUGCGAUACGCGAGAGGAAAUCGCAAAUCGAGUGAUCGCGCGCCGAUGCGUAACGCGAAAGCGGUUUCCCUGGAAUUCAAAAAUACGGAAAAUCGCGAUUCACGAGUCGGCGGCCACGAAAAGAGCGUCGCGACGUCGGGCGCAAUGACAUACAGCGACGACAGAAACGCUGUUCGACUAAGUGCAGAGAGAAUCACCACGGAAAACGCGCGAUUGUCGAAGAUGAUCCACGCGGAACAGUCGAGGGGUGCGGAAGAUUAUCGCGAGCUCGUGUCGAGAUCGCAUCAGGAAGACGCAAAGAAAAGACGCGACAUCCGGAACACGCUCGACGAAAGAAGCAGAAACAAACGGAAGCAGCACCGAGACGGGCGAAUCUUUGGCAGAGAAAACGGAACGAUCGCGUUUGCGAAGCGCUCGCACGUCGGACGGGACAGUUCCACGCGGAAGUUUGAAAAUUCCGGUGUCCGGAAGUUCGCAACUACGGUGGCCACCAAAUCCGAGCGUGCCGAGAACGAGAGACGUGUGCGUAAUGGAAGCAGGGACAACGCUCGGCGAAGUCCGGAACUCAUGGAAAACGGCGCGAAUAAAUUGAUUCAGGUUCAGGGUAACGAUCACGGAUCACGGACUUCGUCGACUAGUCUGCCAAACUGCUCGACUUCGAAAGAAACUCGGAGCAACGGUGCAGUCACCGUCGCGGAUGCCGUGGCGAACGGCAGGGUCGCGGUGAACACACCGCGCGAGCGUUUCGUGGCUGUCGGCCGGACUGCGUUAAUCCGCACUUCCGGGAUCUCGGGCGAGAACGGCGGAAACGCGGACGACGGAGAAAAUACUCUCCGUCUGCCGAAGGACGAGCGGUCAGAAUUCCAUAAAGCGAAGGAGUUUCCGGCGGACGAAACGUAUAAACGCGACGAUGCGGCGUGUUCAAAGGCAGGAUUUAAAGCGAACGCGAUGACGCGCGUGGACGAGGGGGGAAACGAGGACGUCGAGGACCCAUUCGCUUUUCGUGCGGUGAAACCGCUCGAUGACCACCUCGCCGGAAACGGAGUCAGCUUUACGCAGCGUCCUCUCGCGCGCGAGAAAAGAAGCGCUUUGAGGAGGACGACGAGCGAUACGACCGGUCCGCAACACCGAUAUCGCUCUUUCACAAGUAACAUCGGCACGGAGAUAGGCGGGGGUGCGGGGGUGACUCCUGGCAGAGUUCGAGGGAGAAAAGGACGACGACGGGAAAAGAAGAGCAUCGUCGGAGCAAGGGACGCGACUCGCGAUCCGCUCGGGGGUGAGCGUGAUCCAUGGUCGAUUAGCUCGUUCGCCGAGAGUAUCGACGAGUCGAAACCUAGCCAGCCAACAUCGGCGCGUAUUCCAGUCACGCCAGCCGAAAAUCCGACGCACGUACAACACGUCAGGUCCCGUGCGGAUCGCGAGCAUCCACGAACGACCAACCCCGGUGCCGGAAUACGCGGCGCGCCUCGAAUCGGUCUGCGGAAUGUUUCCUCGUCGGCGACUGCGAAACUCGAGGGCCAGCUGCCCUUCGAGAGCGAGCGAGCGAGGCACUCGCGGAAAUCUGCCGCAAUCGAUCUCAGGACGUGGCUGUGGUGCACCGCUGAGCUGGCCGACGGACGAUCGAGAGAUCUCGGCGAGCAUCGUCGCGGAACUUUCGCGCGGGGUGAAUCCGCAACGAGCAUCGCCGAUGGCUCGAAUUUGAGAAAUGUCGGCGCAACGACCGAUCGAAGCGGGGAUCAUCGCGCCGCAACGCGAGACAGCAAAAUCCGCGAGUCGCGAUGUCGACGACGCAAGCGUCGCGAAGUUCGGGAUAUCUCGGGGAGCUCGAUGUCAAUUGCGCUCAACAGCGAGACACAGGGUACACCUGAUAAGGGGAUGACGAUAUCCGCAGCAUCCACGAUCGCGAGUCAGUCCGUUUCGUCCACUCGAACGAGCAGCACGGAUGAAAUCUCCGUCAGCACGGGAGGAUCUCUCGCAACUGUAGAAACACUGCCAUCCUCGAGAUAUCGAGACUCUCGAGAAGAGUCCACCGAUCACGAGCAAUACGCGAAUGCUCUAGAUUCCGCCACCCCGCAGGUGCCGUUGACGGACACGCCGAAAAUGUCGACUGCCAGCAUGAUGGAGGCGCCGGCGUUUCUCAUUAAGACGCUUGAUCGAUCGACAACGAUAACCGACAGCUUCGAUAUUGGACGAGGGAUUCCCUCGACCUCGACGGAUGCAGAUAUACUGGACAUCACGAGCGAAACCAUGCUCCAUGUGUCGCCGAUCGAGUCCAUUGGCUCGCCAGGUGGACGCGAGAUGUACCCAAGUGAGCGGUCGGUCUCGACCGUCGAUCCGCUUCCUCGGGGGAACGCCGACAAUCCCUUCGAUGUCUUGGAGAAUGUCGACGACUCGUCAGCGUCCUUGGAUCAGUGGCCCGUAAAACACAGCGCGGUGGUGGAGGGUGAUCUCGUGCUUGGUGGAUUGAUGAUGGUGCACGAAAGGGAGGACACUGUCACUUGUGGACCCGUGAUGCCGCAGGGCGGCAUCCAGGCGCUCGAGGCCAUGCUGUACACCCUGGACAUACUCAAUGAUCGGGAGAUCGUGCCGGGUGUCAAGAUCGGGGCGCACAUACUUGACGACUGCGACAAGGACACGUACGGGCUCGAGAUGGCGGUGGAUUUCAUCAAGGGUACGUAACGAGGUGUUGCAGCGCGUUUAGAACGUUUAAACAUGUCGUCGCGCGUUAAGGGGGGAGCCUGCUUUAGAAC